CUUCUCAAUUUCUCAUUGCACUCGACCUACCUCUUUAUAUCUCGCGGCGGCAGAACCUCAGCUAGUGAAACGACCUAGUACUUGAUCGUCGACAACCAGCAGAAGGCCGUUAUACACAGCACACUGAAGGACCGACGCGGGGCGCAUCGGACGUCGACAAGAUGCUUUUCGCAAUCAUGUUCGCCUUCUGGCGCUUCCUCGAGAUCAUCACUCUGAUCCCCAUUCUAGGCAUGCUGGCCUGGUUCGUGUCGGGCUACAUGGACGCCAACGUGAUGGCGCCGACCUACAUCCUGCUGCUCUUCAUCGUGUCGGUGCUCGCGACGGCGUGGGCCAUGUUCACGCUGUUCAGCUACCACCGGUCGUCGACGCACGCGCGCUUCGUGGCGCUGAUCGACCUGGCCUUCGUCGGCGCGCUGAUCGCGGGCGUGUACUACCUGCGCUUCAUCGCGCGCGCCGACUGCGCGUCGGUCGCGCGCGGGUCCAGCUACGACGUCAGCUUCGGCAUCUUCGGCAGCGCCACCGUCAACGGCGUGCGCGUCAGUCUGAACAAGACGUGCAGCAUGCUCAAGGCCUGCUUCGCCCUGGGCAUCAUGAACACCAUCUUCUUCUUCAUCACCGCCGUGCUCGCGUGGAUCCACGGCGACCGCGCCGUCAAGACCGAGACGAGGUAUGUCGAGACCCGGAGGGUCAGCCAUAGUAGGAGUCGCCAUGGCAGCAGGAGUAGGAGUGGCCAUCGCGCGGGCAGUCGCCGCAGCUCGCACUCGCAUCACCGGGCUUAUGUUUGAGAGGGGAGAGGGAGCGCAGACUUUUUGGGGUGGAAGAAAGCAAAGGUGUUUAGAUGGCGGAGAGUGACCUUCUGUUUCUGGUGGAUAUGGGUUCUGUA